AAUAGUCCCAAGCUCAUAUUUGAAGAAGAUACAAAAUGGCUGGAGAAAAUGACUGGAGGAAAACAGCGGAUACGACGAAGAUGAGUCUAGAGGGAGUGAAAGCCGCAGGGGUUGAAUCAUCGAAGAGGCCCCCAGGGAGUAAUCCCGGUGGUGUUCUGCACCAAAGGCGUAACUUACCAUACAGCUACACCACCAUGGCUAUCGCCGGUUUAGCUAUCUCCGGUGCAAUCAUGUACACUGUUAUGUAUGCUAAGAAAAAGCCGGAGGCUAGUGCCACUGAUGUAGCUAAAGCGGCCACAGGGACGGCUAAACCGGAAGAUACACAUCCAAGAAAAUAAAAACCCUCAGAGAAAAUGGGUUUAUCUUCUUUUUUGUUUGUUUUG